AUGUCAGGAGCUUCCAAGGAGAGUCCGGGGCCCCGGGCGCUGCCGGCGUUGGGCAAGGCCUGCUUAACCGCCAUGGACAAAAAGCUUAACGUGCUCAACGAGAAGGUUGACAAACUCUUGCAUUUCCAAGAAGACGUCACAGAGAAACUGCAGUGCAUGUGCCAAGGCAUGGGCCACCUGGAGCAAGGCCUGCACCGGCUGGAGGCCUCCCGUGCCCCUUCGGCUGACGCUCAGGCCGGGUGGCCGGAGGUCCUGGAGCUGGUGAGGGCCAUGCGGCAGGAUGCCGUCCAGCACGGUGCCAGGCUUGAAGCCCUCUUCAGGAUGGUGGCGGCUGUGGACAGGGCCAUCGCUUUGGUGGGGGCCGCGUUCCAGAACUCGAAGGUGGUGGAUUUCAUCAUGCACGGGAGUGUCCCCUGCAGGAAAGGCAGCCUGGCUGAUGGCCCCGAAGAGAACAAAGAGCGAGCGGAAGAGAAGGGAGCAAAACCCAAGCACGCGCUGAGCACCAGAGGCGCACAGGCUGGUGUCAGGGGGCCGUGGGAAGAGAGCCAGAAGGUGGACCUGCCAGAGGGGACAGUGGCGAGGCUGCCCCCGGUCAGCGCUUCAGGGAUGGGAGCGGACCACCUCACCCAGGAAGAGGCCUCACCAGGGCAGGGAGAUGGCGUUCCUGGCCCAGGCCAGGUGCCUCCUGGCCACCUGCUGCUCUGCACAGAGGUGGGGGCCAAAGCUCCUGAGACUUCCAGCGAAUGCCCUGGGACUGGCCUGGAAUUGUCUGUGGCACCCGACAGGGUCAAUGAAGUCCCCACCAGCCAGGAGGUUGCACCAAGUACAGGACAAGGAACAUCAUCCAGCAGGCCUGACCCUAGGCCCUCAGAGGAAGGCAUGAGCCUGACUUCAGGGCCCAGCCCCCAGCCCCGGGGGCCUCCAGGGCUGCCAGGCCAGGCCAGGGCAGCCCACAGUGAUGGAGAAACUCCUCCAAGGACCUCCAUCUAUGUGCAAGAGACGGACACUCCUGGGGGGCUGCUUGUGACACGAGGUGGCAAUCUCAGACCCACAGAGGCUCCAGCAGCUGCCCAUCCAGGUGAGCAGAACCCACCUGGACCCAGGUGCUGCCUCCAAGUUCCUGGGACUGAGUCAGGAGAACAGACACCCCAGGGAGCCGGAGUGUUCUCCCCACCGCAGGAGAGGAGCGGCCGAGGGGCAGCAGAGGCAGAGGGGACUCCAGGGCCUGGGGCCAAGCCCGCCAUGGGACCAAGUUUGGCCAGGAGGGAUGAAGAAGAUGAAGCUGCCGGGGCCCCGGGCCUGCAGCAGGACAAAGGCCCAGGGGCAAGGGACUCUGAGCCCAGGAAGGACUGCGCAGCGGAGGGCCCAGGGAUGGCUGAGGCAGGAAGGAGGUUGCCCCCGGGUGCCGAGGCUGGCAGUGCGGUUCUGGAUGACGGCCUGGCCCCACCGGCCCCUUUCGAACACCGGGUGGUGAGCGUCAAGGAGACGGCGGUGUCGGCGGGCUACGCGCUGUGCCAGCACGAAGUCGUGGGCGGGGGCCGGUUUGGCCAGGUGCACAGGUGCACGGAGAAGUCCACAGGCCUCCCCCUGGCAGCCAAGGUCAUCAAAGUGAAGAGCGCCAAGGACCGGGAGGACGUGAAGAACGAGAUCAAUAUCAUGAACCAGCUCGGACACGUGAACCUGAUCCAGCUCUACGACGCCUUCGAGAGCAAAAGCAGCUUCACCCUCAUCAUGGAGUAUGUGGACGGGGGUGAGCUCUUCGACCGGAUCACGGAUGAGAAGUACCACCUGACCGAGCUGGACGUGGUCUUGUUCACCAGGCAGAUCUGCGAGGGUGUGCGCUACCUCCACCAGCAGUACGUCCUGCACCUGGACCUCAAGCCGGAGAACAUACUGUGCGUCAGUCGGACGGGACACCAGAUCAAGAUCAUCGACUUCGGGCUGGCCAGAAGGUACAAGCCUCGGGAAAAGCUGAAGGUAAACUUCGGCACUCCCGAGUUCCUGGCUCCAGAAGUCGUCAACUAUGAGUUUGUCUCGUUCCCCACGGACAUGUGGAGCGUGGGAGUCAUCACCUACAUGCUACUCAGUGGCUUGUCCCCAUUUCUAGGGGAGACAGAUGCGGAGACCAUGAACUUCAUCGUGAACUGCAGCUGGGAUUUCGACGCCGACACCUUCGAGGGGCUGUCGGAGGAGGCCAAGGACUUCGUUUCCAGGUUGCUGAUCAAAGAGAAGAGCUGCCGAAUGAGUGCCACGCAGUGCCUGAAACACGAGUGGCUGAAUGAUCUGCCUGCCAAAGCUUCGGGAUCCAGAGUGGGCCUCAAAUCCCAGCUAUUGCUGCAGAAAUACAUGGCUCAGAGAAAAUGGAAGAAACAUUUCUACGUAGUGACUGCUGCCAACAGGUUAAGGAAAUUUCCAACUUGUCCCUAA